CAUCGCAUCCAACGACAGAACACGCACGCGGGAUCACUGCCAGAAAAAUCACGCACGCGAUCCGUCGCACGCCUUCCUUCGCACAUCGCCCCACAGCGCCCAGAUCGGCGCUCACCCUUCUCUCCCGCAGCCCUUCCAAAUCCGUGCUUCCCCCGUCCCGGGUCCGAUCCUUCUGCUUCCUCCCGAUCGAUUCCCCGCGAAGUGCAUCCGAUCUGCGUGGAUCUGAUACCCUCCCUCCUUACCCCCUCCUCUCCGGCCGCCGUCCCAUCCCGACAUGCGUACGUCAUCGUUUCUUGGAAAGGCCGACGUGGUGCUGCGCGGGUUCAGCGGCUACAACACGCGGUGGGCGCUGCGGGUGCUGGCGAGGGCGAUGGAGGGUGCCGCCGCCGUGGGGGCGGCAGACCCGGUGGCUGUCACGGUGUUCUUGGGCGCCAACGACACGUCGCUGCCGGAUUGGAAGCAGGUGCACCAGCACGUGCCGCUCGACGAGUACCAGAGCAACCUCCGCGCCAUCUGCGCCUACUUCAAGGAGCAAUGGCCCUCCACUAAAAUUAUAUUCAUCACGCCUCCACCAAUCUAUGAACCAUUGAGAAUCCGAUAAGGAUGGAAAGGAAUAACAACAAGAUGGUUUUAAUCGGUUUUAUGUUGCUAUAUGGCAUUCUUGUUGCAUUUCCCUGUUGAUGGCAUGACGGUGUAUUUGCCAUCCUCUGUUUAUUUCAUCCAUGGCAUUAAUUCCUGUUAAUUGUCAUGAACAGACGACAAUAAAGGGGUCAGCCAGGAAAUUGCUUGUGCUCUCUGUUCAUUGAAUUACUCCGAUAAAAAUUACUUUGCUCAAGAAUUUAAAACUGAGUUCAUAAUGCACCAGUACAGUACAGCGUAUGCAAUUUGACCACCAUGUUGUAUGUAUUUCUCAUGUAAAAGUAUGUGUAUUCUACAUUAUGGGAUUAUUUCAUAUUUGGUUUAUCGGGUAUAUAUCCAGUCACCACUUGGUGGCCCUUAGCUUGAUCUGAAGAUUCUUUUUUCAAGUUACAAAGUAAACAAUGUUUCUUUUUUUUUUUUUGUAAAGAGGAUUUGCGAACCUUACUGACUGUCCCUGUCUUUCCUUGCAGGGACAUGUAUGGAGAAGAUGACCCUUCAAAACUACCUGAAAGAACCAAUGAGGCUACUGGCACUUAUGCACAGGCAUGCCUGACAGUUGCUAAAGAAUUGAACCAUCCAGUCAUAGACAUCUGGACAAAGAUGCAGCAAUUUCCUGACUGGCAAACAUCUGCAUUAUGGUAUGGAUCUAUUUCAAGUGACCUUAUACCUAAACUUGAUGUAUGGAUGGGCUUAAUAACUGUUAAGGGCUGCCAUUUAUGCUACCAGUAGCCUACUUUGCAGAUUGUGCAAACAAUCUGAUCAAACAUAAUAGUUUUGUACUUCUGUUGAGAGUAGAAGUUCUAUAAAAAAUGUAGCUUCAUGGUUGACUGUUCUGCCUAAAGAUUCUUGCUGCUUACUAAGAUGGGGAAUCACCUUCCUGUUGUCACUCUUUCUGAAGACUCUAUAGUUAAGAUAUUUAACCGAACAAGACGAACUUGACACUCUCCAUAACAGUCAUUCAGUUUUCUUGCUUCUGAAUUGUGCUUAGAUCAAAAGAUUAUGUUGUAUUAAUGCCAUGAAGUUCCCUUUUCAAAUGAAUACUACACGUGGAACCUAAAGUAUGCUGAAUUUUUAUACAGGAGUAUAUGUUGCUGUUACACUUGAGAAGCAUAUGCUACCAUGUUUCCUACUAAACAGCAUAUAGUGCAGUUAUUUCUCAUAUUUUCACCUCCAAUUAUGGCAACAGGUUCAUGGCAUUGGCCAUUUAGUGCAUGGGUUUGGUAAAUCCCAAUGAAAAAUAGUGGUGUUUGAUCAUUCCCUUGGUUCCUUUUGUAUAGCUUUGGUUAAGCUUCUGAGUGAGGUGCACUACAAUUCCUUGUAUGCUACUGAAGGUGAGUGCUUAUUUCUGUGAUAUGGGAGGAAAGUAAGGUUUCCUACAAUUCCUCGGUUUUUUUCUAUACCAUGAUUUCUUGUAUAGCUACUCAACUUCUUGGAACCUACUCAUAUUUACAACUGUGUUCAAUAUGGGAGUCUUUUCUUGCAUACAAAUUCUUAUAAAGAUUUAUGUAGUGCUCAAUUUUUCACUUCAUCUAUGUUUGUGAGAAGAGAUAGUUUUGAGAAACGAUCAUUACAAGUUAAAAUGUUUCCAGCUACAACCAAUACACAGAUUUCAGUUCACUGCUCAAUUUGACAUCAAAUUUCUUGGCUGGAAUUGCCGCCGAAUCAAGUAAAGCCUUAUAUAUAUAUCAUAAUUGAAUAGUUUAUAGGAAUAUGGGUCAAAAUUAUAUUAUUAUUGAUUUGUUUCCCUAUUUGCCACUGUACCACCCAUGCAUGAUUAAGUACUUGUCUAAUCAAUCAAUUUACAGUGAAAAUUAUGUGUAGCAUUUAUGUAAUAAUCGAGUCCAUAUACUUGUGAGAUAGAUCGUCAUUUUCUGAAUAAAAUUGAUGACCGAGUGUACAGAACAUGCCUCAUUAUAUGUAGAGGCAAUGGACUUGAUUGUCAUUCAUCCAAAUUAGAAAUGGUGCAUUUUUACUCUUGGGUUUGAUCAUAUAUUUCCUGUAUUAAGAUUUGGUGCUGGCUUUAUUUGGAGUAUAAAUGAUGCAUAUCCCCCAAUAUAGUUUUGAACCAGCAAUAUUGCUUGAAUCUGGAAAUAUUUCUAUUUAUUACUUGUUAUGUGCCAUAAGCAAGAUGAGAUCAAUUGUUCAUAUUUCCUCUUUACAGUAGGGGCCUGGAGGCGAAACCGACGGUGUGGAGGUGAUCGUGUCCCAGCGAUUGUGUGGGAAUGCACAAUGAAUAGGCCUAUCUUCUCUGUACACGUCACCGUCUAUAACACAGACAUACCCUACAGUGCACAGAGUCAUCUGAUCCUAAAGAUGCCGGCCUACAUCGUGCUCUCCAUCCUCCGAGCCCCCUCCCCUACAAACAAGGUUAAGUCAAUUUCUCUUUUUUUUCACAUAUAUUCUGAGAUUCAACCUGGACAAAACUCAUCUCAUUGUGACGUAGUACAUUGUAUUAGUUCAGUUUUGGUUUGUUUUGAUUCAUAGCAAAUGCAUUAUGCAUGCUUGCUGGGCUUUGCAAAUCAUAAUCGUAAACAGCAAAAUCAUGUAUUAAGUAAAAAAAACAGCAAAAUCAUGUAUGAACUGUUGUCUUUUCUUCUAUUGUUACAAAAAAAACCCUAAGAUGGAGCACAAAUAUUACGCUUGUAGGUAACCCUAAGAUGGAGCACCAAUAUUACGUCUGAUCCUAAGAUGAAGUUGUAGCCGCAUUCAACUGAUUAUAUGUGAGAAAUUUAUAUUAUGUGCUUCAAGUUGGAGAAUGUAUUCACCUGGCUAUACCAUUUUUGGUCAUGUUUUUUAUAAAAUUGAACUAUGAGUGUGCAGACGAUGGAACUCGUUUACAGUGGCAUAUAUGUUAGUUUGAACUAGCUUCUUUUUGUGCCAUGAAAUUGUGAACAAUGGACUUUCGGAACCAUGCCAUUUAUUUCUAUGCGAUAAGACAGUGAACAAUGUUACUAGGCUCGGGAUGCUGGUUUGAUACUAAUUACUACUCCCUCCGUUCAAUAGUCUGGAUGGGAUCAAUUUCCAAUUCCUGUUUAAAAAAAAUAAGGGACAAGUUUAAUUUUUGUGUAAUGAAAAUUACUGUAUGGAGUUGAUCCGAUAUGACAUGGCUGUAUUUUGUUAUUAGGUUUAAAAUCGAUUUGGCAAAACUAGAUCUCCUGUUCAAAACUUGAACAAGCAUAAUUGGGCACCAUGGCAUCACCUCCAUGUCAACCCUGACCCUUUUGUACCUAUUUUUCCCCAUUGCUUUCUAGGAUCAACAAUUCAAUGCUACUAAAUCUCAAGGCCUAACCUUUCUAUUUGUAUGUGCCAGUCAAUCCAAUGAAGGAAUAUUUUUUUUUAUUAUCGAUGACCAGGUCUGGUUCUGCCUUUUGGGAAAAAUAUACUACUCAUGUGCAUAUUACCAGGUCUCAUUUUGUGAAACAUUAAAACCAUCUCAUUAUGCUAAUUCUGGUUAGGUACUACUUUUAGUACAGGGAGCUCCUUUCUCUUCUUGAUUUAUCUUCGAUUGGACGAAAAUGUUAGAAGAAUGUCAAUUUUCAAUUUUUAAUUACAUACUAAUUUAUCUAGGCAUCAUAUAUUCUCAUUAUGCUACUUUUGGUUAGGUAGUACUUUUGGUACAGGGAGCUCCUUUCUCUUCUUGAUUUAUCCUCAAUUGGACCAAAAUGUUAGAAGAAAUGUCAAUUUUCAUUUUUUAAGUACAAGCUAAUUUAUCUAGGCAUCAUAUAUUUCUUUUAUGAUGAAAUGGUGCAUUCUUUGUUUGCGAUUUGAUUUCUCGAUAUGUUUAAGAUUGAAGUAUUUCCUUGUUGAUUCCUUACUCACAGCUGAACAGAAAAGACUCCGAGAUGCUAUAUUGAGAGCGGCUUGUCUAUAUGAUGGAAGGAAUCACUAUAUAUGUGAUGACGGACUUCCAAAUAUGCAUUACAUGUUUCUAUUGUUGACCCAUGACUGGCUUGUACAAUUAGUUCAGCUGAAGUUGUAAUUCACUCCAUAUGUGUCUAUAAUCAUUUUCUGUGUAAUCUAUAAGUAUUACUAUGCCACUUGUAAGAAAAAAAAGUGAUGUGACUGAAAAAAAUAAAACCACUGCUUAAUUCAGCUAUAAAGACAAAUAGAAUUGCACUG